UAUGUCAAAUGUGACACUAAGUUUUGUGUUCUUUUUACCAGAAAUUAUCAUGUGGAUUGAUGCUGCUGAAGUAAGUGAGACACCUCCAUCUCAUCAUGCUAUUAAGGUGCAUCAUCUAAUGUGCAUGGAACUAAUUCAGUUUGUAACUAGAGUUUCGAUAUUACUUCCUGAAAUUGAAGCAGUCCGUCCUGGAUGCUCCGGAACAGAGGUACUUUGUCGGUUGAACAGUGAAAUUGACAAAGCUAAGACACUGCAUCAGCACUGCAGUGAAUCUAGUAAGCUAUACUUGGCAUUCACAGGAGAUACUAUACUCUCACGAUGUAAGAAAUCAAGAAACAUGUUUGAGCAAAGCUUAAACCAGGUGCAAAAUAUGGUUCCAGUAUCGCUGGCUGCGGAGAUUUUACAACUGAUUGCUGAACUAAGGGGUGCGAUAUUCAGCGUGGACCCAUCUGAAGAGGAGGCAGGGAAGGUUAUAAAGGAAUUACUUCAUCGGUAUGUCAACACAACAGAUUCAGCUGAAGAAUAUGCCUUUGAGGCAAUUCAAGUUGCUAUGUGGAAGCUUCAUAUCACAUCUCUAAAAGCUCUUUCAAUUGAAAAACGAUCCAUAAAAGAGAUGAUGGAUAGAGUUGGUGAGGGUGAGACAACGAAAAGGAGGAUCUUAUCGAUAUUUCUUAAGCUCCUUAAUAAGCAUGGAAAAUCAAUUGUGACAGAGCAAACUCAUAAGGAAGACAUGUCUUAG